CGCAGCCCUCGUCUCCUAGCAACCUAAAGACGCGCCGUGUACUGUUCAGUUGAUAGCCGGGCGCACAGUAUCUGCUCCGGAGCCGCCACCAUGUCCUCCAGACAAGCCAAGAAGAAGGAAUCUGGGCACCGCCUGAGCUCGGCCAUGGGGCAGACGCCCAGAGAUUUGUCAUCAGUUGUUGCUAAUGCAUUGGGUGCAUCAGUUGAAUUCAAGAAAGGAAGAUCUUCAAUGUGGCCAGAAUGGAAUGAAGCAGAUAUAAAUGCUGAGAAAUGGGACACAGGAAAAGCUGGAAAAGAAAAAGACAAGACUGGAAAGAGUCCAGGAUUACAUUUUUUUGAUGAUCCUGAAGGAAAAAUUGAAUUACCAGCUAAUCUAAAAAUCCACUCAUGGAAACGUCCCCAUGAGUUUAUAACAAGUGUGUCUCCUGUGGUUGUUAAGGAUGAAACCUCCUGUGAUUUAUUAUCAUCAAAUGAACAUUUAAUUGGAAGUGAGCUCAUGAGGUGGAUAAUUAGUGAGGUCAGUGCUGUCUGGAGAAUCUAUAAUGAAAAUCUGACAGAUAGUAAAGCCACAUCUGCAGAACCACCUGUGCUGGCAUGGAAGCCAUGGGAACACAUCUAUGCGCUAUGUAAAGCCGUAAAGGGGCACAUGCCGCUCUACAACAGCUAUGGGAAAUAUAUUGUGAAACUAUAUUGGAUGGGAUGCUGGAGAAAAGUUGUUGUGGAUGAUACUCUGCCGUUCAACGAAGAUGACAAGUUACUUCUUCCAGCAACUACUUGUGAAGCUGAAUUAUGGCCAAUGCUGCUGUCCAAAGCUAUAAUUAAGCUUGCAAGUGUAGAUACCAAUGGAUUUGCAAAACGGGAGCUUGGAGAGUUUACUGUACUGCAUGCGCUAACUGGAUGGUUACCAGAGGUUAUACCACUACAAAAUGACAGUCUCAAUGAAGUGUGGGAGCUGUUAAAAAGAAUAGUUCCUGAGUUCAAGUUACCUAACGAUGAAAAAGAUGAAUCCAAACUUAUCAGAGCAGAAGACAAAUCCAGAGACAAUAAGCUGGCAGAUGUUAAACUGGAAAUCCCUGUACCCAUCAUUAUUAAACCCUCCGAAAAGAACAGCAAAGAAAAAGCAGACUCAAAGGAUGGUGGGAAAAAGAAAGGAGACAAAGAGAAAAACAGGUCUGCCAGUCAUUCUGCACGACCCCCUUCAGAGUUAUCAAACCCCCUUCAGCAAUCUCUUCAAGAGUUCACAUCUGUAACAUUUGCGCCCCAGAUGGUUGUGUACGCUAGCUACUUACCACUCCAUUUGAGUGAGCAGAAGAUUUCUAUUCUUGGGCAGAUGGCAGACUCAUCAGAAAAUCUAAGACACUAUGGGUUAUCUCACAUUCACAACCAUCCAGUGCUCGUGUCUAGAACUAGAUCAUGUCCUUUAGUAGCUCCACCAAAACCUCCUCCUUUGCCACGAUGGAAACUGAUAAGACAGAAAAAAGACAUUAACAUCACAGAUGAAGCCAAAGAAAUAAGCCACGUCCCCUUAUCUCAUCCAGCUGAGUACACAGCUCCUCACCUCCCCUCCCCCGCUCUGUAUUCUAAGGACCCAGGUCUGCACAGGAGAAGGAACACAGAUAAGAUGAAACCUGUUGAGAAGAAACCUGAUCAGUUUGUAGAGAUCAUCACACCAUUUCUUAACAUCCGGUUGAAUCCACUCUCUGUACCAUCUGAAGGACAAACUGUAAAUACUACUUCAAGAAGAAGUUCUCUUGUGACAUCAAGCCUAGCAUCUGUCGAUGAGGCUGAAGAGAUAGUACAGAAAUGUACUACAGACAUCAGGGAAGAUGUGGGAUUUAAUGCUGGAAAUGAACCUCAGCAAAUAAGCUCUUCACUUCAAGAGAACCUAACAGAUGGCUUCAAGGAUAUUGUUACUGGUGAUGGCCAAACAACAAAUGGAUCUGGUCAAGCACCCAACAUUAUUGAAAAAGACACAGCGGUGGAAAUAAAGCAAGUCACAAAGCAAACAUGGAUGGAAUUUUCUGACUUUGGCAGGUGUUUUCAGACAUUGUACAUCUUCCACAAGCCAAAUACAUAUCCGUAUACUUGUCAGAAAACAGAUUUCAUCGUAAAGACAGCAGAUGAUCGAGAUAGAGGAACCUAUUUCUUAUUUGUAGACAACCUGCGGCCUACAGAAAUUUUAGUUAGCUUUUCAGCACUGACACGCUGGGGAGAUUCACUUGGGAAACCAGAUGCUGGAUCUCAGAAGGGUAUAUUAACAGCAGAGCAGUUUUCUUGGAAAAGUCUUGUCAAUGGACCAGUUAUUUUAAAACUACACACCUAUGUGACCAAAGCUGCUAUGAUAAGCCUGCCUCCAGGGCGUCAUGUCCUACGCUUCACUGCAAGUUCACCCUUAGGGCACCAUAUCCACCUGUGUAGCACUGUGCCAUUUGUCUUUGGUGAUGAGGAAACUGUUAUGCCAUAUCUAGACAAGGAAAGCUAUCGAUUUAUGGAUCAGGCUACGAUAAUAGUACGUGCUGUCCUGACAGUGAUGCAUAACUUUAGUAAUGGAAGUGAUCUACCCAAGGCAUUAAAAGACUUGGACAUCACACUUUAUCCACAGCAAAUAAGAGAAAAGGGAUAUACAGAAGAACAUUUUAAGGCAUUUCAUGCUGCUUUGUGGCAUCUCAUGACAGAAGCCAUGGGAAACAAAGUUACAGAUGAGUUGGUUUUUGCUUUCAGAGUCUUCACAAUGGAUUUCUCAACUAUUUUGACACCACAAUCUAAUUUUGUGCAAGACACAAAGCCAGAAAUACCAUCUUCUUGGCAAGAUAGAACCUCUACUUCUGUUGAAUUAGCUGCAUCUUCUAAACUUCAAGCUUGGUGGAGAGGACUUUUCUACCGGAAAUGUUUGAAUGGCAGAAAACCAGAAACCAAAGAAAACAUCAUUGUCAAAGGAAUUUUUGACAAAAUUGUUGCAGCUGUUGAAUUGAAUCCUGAACAGUAUGGUAUUAAUUUACUAAGGUAUAUGUUUAAACACAGUGCUGCUUCACACAAAUACCCCUGCUAUGCAGAUGAGCGAUACAGAAUUGCAUUUGCUGAUUAUGCAGUUUCCUACCCAGAUCAACCUGUAAAUUCAUGGUUUGUGGUUUUCAGGGAAGUUUUCCAUGUUCCUGAAGAUAUGCUUAUAGUGCCCAAGAUUUAUACAAACCUUCAAGCCUGUUUACUUCACGUCAUUAAUAAUGAUACAUUGGAGGAAAUACCUCGAGUGUGUAAUAAAGUUGCACCAUUCCUGUACACCAAAAACAUGAAGGGGUAUACAUUUAUAGCUGAAGCACAUGCUGGAGAAUUUUCUGUGGCAUCUGGAAAAUGGAGACUAAGACUUAUUCGAGCCUGUAAUCCUUUACUGUCACUUUCACGUGAUACUGUAAAUAGUGCCUUCUCUAUUAAAGAAAUCAGAGACUAUUAUAUACCUAACAAGAAAGAAAUAAUAUUUAGGUACGCCAUAAAAGCGGCAAAAGACCACAUUGCAACCAUUCAGGUGCAAACCUAUAAGUCAGAUGCAUUCAUCAAGAUACAGAUCCUUGAUAAUGAUGAAGAAGUUGUAAGUGCUACUGGCAAAGGCCAAGCACUUAUACCUGCAUUUUGCUUCAUUUCAAAUGAAAGGCCUUUAAGCUCUUAUUCAAGCAAAAGCCAGGCAUUGGUAAGUGGAACAAAGAAAGGAAGAAUCAGUUCAGGUGGAAGCCAGAAAAAUAAAACAUCUUCAAGACCUGGAAGCAUCGCUGAAACUCAACAUUCUUCAGAGAAUGAGACCGCAGAAGAAAAAGUGUUGUCUCCACAACCGACACAUAAAUACAUUGUACAAGCAACUGUGUUGUAUAGAAGUUGGGUGCUUACUGAAAGUCAGAUAGCAUUUGUUCAGACACUGAAGCAGUUGGAGAAGCAGGAAAUGAAAGAGAAGAAUGAGGAAAUUACAGCUGAGACACUCAACAGCUCAGAAAGCCUGAAAUCGGCAGGUACUCCAAAAACUGCCAAAAAAGGCAAAGAGAAAAUAGCAGAGAAAUUUGAAAAAGAAAAGUCUGGUAAGGACAAGGAUAGAGAGAGACUUCAGUCAACCCCUGUUUCAAGACCUGAAUCACAGGCCCAGCAGCAAAAUGACCUAAACAAACCUUUCUGGAUUCUGCGAUUUGUCAGUGAAACAAGUGAGGCGGACACGCUGGAAGUGAAGAAAGACACUGAGCGUAUAGAUGAGAUAAGAGCCUUAAAACAAGCCUGGGAGUUGGCAGAACCAGGUCGAGCUGUCAAGGCUUUACAGUCACGUCUUCAUUUUGUCAACAAGUAUAUACAGAAAGCUUCCACCGAUCUGCAAGAAAAUGUCCCUCAGAAUGACCAGAUUUCAGAACAGGAAGACGGUAAAAAACAGUUAGCACUGACUUCAAAAAUCCAAGAGCCUCAGUCUUCUGAACAACAAGUACCAACACCAAAGGCAGAACUAGAACCUUUCGACUUAUCUCCUUUUAUAAGAUGCCGACAGUCAGAACCAAUACUCCGAGAUGAGCAGAUUGUUCAGCAGCAGGCAUUGCAGAAAGCAGAGGAAAUCCGUCAAUUCCGACAGAUUAAAGAAGAGAUUUUAAAACAAAGAGAACAUGAACAAAAUGCCAGAAAUUUGCAAAAGCAAAAUGUUCUACAAAUGUAUGAGGAUUUGCAGAUAUCACUUGAUAGAGCGCGGGAGCAAUUUCUCAGUUCCCAAGAUGCAUACAGAAGAAAACUGCUAGAAGCUGAGAAUACAAAGCAGGAUGCUAGUGCAACUGAAGAAGCCACAGGUCACUUAGAAGAAGGCAAGAAAACUCACUCAGCCCAGAAGAGGAAAAGUGCAAAAAGUGGAAAAAAGAAAUAAAUUGGCCUAUUUCUCCCUCCCUUGCUUCCUAUGGUCACUUGCAUGUAAUGUCAAAAGUAAAAACAAGUUAUUAAUAACUGUAAAAAAUAAAAAUUUUAGCAUUAUAACAAUAUAACCAGUUAUUAUGCAAAAAAUAUAUAUUUUGUUUAAGAAGUCUUAAUUGACUAAGUCGACACGAGAGUAGAAUAACAGCAAAUACUGUCUUUUUUAAUAUGGAAGUCACUCUUAAUUUAUUGUUCUGUCAGUUGUAUUGAUUGUCAACAGUCCUAAGGAAUGAGC